AAAUAAAAUAAAAUUUCAGUAUAUGCUGUUGUGGAAGAGAGAUAAAACGAAUAGAUUAUUUCGAGUUGAAUCAAGAGAUAAAAAUUUAAUUGUUCAAAAUUCAAAUAAUCAAAUGGAAGAUAAUGGUAGUAAUCAGGGAGAUAAUGAAUUUCAAGAUGACUUACCUAUUAGAACGCUUUGUGAUUAUCUACAACCCACUAGGACCAGUACCCAAUUUGUAGAAAUGAUGUGUAAUGGUGAAUUCAUGAGUAAGGAACCAAAUGAAGCCUGGGAUUAUUUUGAUCUUUUAGCAGAAAAUGCACAAGCUUGGGAUACAACAGAUAAAAAUGAAAAAUCUAAAAUAGCACCUAAUGCAAAAGGAGGAAUAUAUCUUAUUAAAGAUGAUAAUGAUGUCAAUGUAAAAAUUGCUAAUCUGACUAGGAAGGAUUGUCCUACAAUCCCUGCUUUUCAAGAAGUGCUGCAUGAUCAAGCAAAUUUCACCAAUACUUAUAAAAGACCAUUUCCAGAAACAUAUAAUCCUAAUUGGCGAAACCAUCCUAACUUUAGUUGGAGACAUGGACCCACUGCCAAUGAAUCUCAAGAAAAUUCUGUUCCUACUCCUUAUGUGCCACCACAUAGGAAAUCCCUUGAAGAUACUUUGCAAACUUUCAUGCAAGGGCAGACUCAAAUAAAUCAGAAUACAAUGCAAUCACUCCAAGAACUUAAAAAUUCUGUAGGUAGAAUUGAGGCUCAACUAAAUGUUAGGGGAAAAGGGACAUUUCCAGCCCAACCUCAAUCUAACCCAAAGGGUCAACAUGAGGUCCAUGAAGCAAGUUCAUCCCAACAUAAAUAUGAGCAAGUUAAGUCUGUCACAACCCUUCGUAGUGGAAAAUUGCCCACACGCAACAAUAGUCCUCUACCAUCUAGUGUUCAAGCACCUAAACUUGAGCUAAAACCUUUGCCAUCUGAGCUCAAGUACGCAUACCUUGGUCACGAAGAGACUUUUCCUGUGAUCAUAUCAUCCCAAUUCGAACAAAAUGGCUAUUCCGGUUACAACCAAAUUGCAAUUGAUCUUGAAGAUCAGGAAAAGACCACUUUUACAUGUCCUUUUGGCACAUUUGCUUACAAGAGAAUGCCAUUUGGGUUAUGUAAUGCUCCUGCAACCUUCCAAAGAUGCAUGCUCAGUAUUUUCUCUGACAUGGUUGAGCGCUUUUUGGAAGUCUUUAUGGAUGAUUUUUCGGUUUUCGGCUCCUCUUUUGAAAACUGUGUGAACCAUUUAAGGCUAGUCUUAAACACUGACCACGCUGCCCUUAAGUACCUUCUUUCAAAAAAGGAUGCUAAGGCGCGUUUAGCUUGCGGUGGUCAUUUCUCUACUAAGAAAACGGCUGCAAAAAUUUUACAGUGCGGUUUCUAUUGGUCCACCUUGUUCAAAGAUUCCCAUAACUUUUGCAAAGCUUGCGAGCGUUGUCAAAAGUUAGGUGGGAUAACUUGUAGGAAUAUGAUGCCCCUCAAUCCAAUUUUAAUUAUCAAAAUAUUUGAUUGUUGGGGAAUAGAUUUUAUGGAUCCAUUUCCUCCUUCAUUCGGAAAUUUGUACAUUUUAGUAGCUGUAGAUUAUGUCUCCAAAUGGAUUGAGGCAAUUCCUUGCAAGCAUAAUGACCAUAAAACUGUUUUAAAAUUUUUAAAAGAAAACAUUCUUUCCAGAUUUGGAACGCCUCGAGCCAUCAUCAGUGAUGGGGGUUCACACUUCUGUAAUAAGCCUUUUGAGGCUUUAAUGCGAAAAUAUGGGAUCACCCAUAAAGUCGCCACCCCUUAUCAUCCACAAACAAGUGGACAAGUUGAAGUAUCCAAUCGAUCAAUUAAGAAUAUUCUGGAAAAAACGGUUAACCAAAAUCGCAAAGACUGGUCUUUGCGUUUAACUGAUAUUAACCAGAGAAGUGCCAAAGCUUGUGAGAAAACAUCACGAGUAACAUUUUCUCAUAAAAGCAAACAAGACAAACAUGCUAGUGAGAGUGGCAUUCUCAAUCAAAUAGCUGUUGUAUGA